AUGUAUUACUUGACUGGAGGUAUAGUAGCAGGUGGAGAAGUGGUAACUUCUAUUGAUUCGACUAGACUGCGGCAUUUGGGGCUUGACCAUUCUAGUAUUGAUUCCUUGCAUAGAUUGAAAGAGGGUGCGAAGACCUGCAAUUUGAAAUCCAGUGAACACUUUGGUGUGAGCAAGAAGACCAAGAACACAACCCGACCCAACCCACAACCCAAAAAGGUAACGGCCGAAAACAUCAUAAAAACGAGUCAACAACGUCGAAGACAGAGAAAGAGGAGAGAGAGAGAGAGAGAAAUGGCGAGCUCAACCAAAAACCCUAAGAAAGCAAAUCUCCUGGAUCCCCAUUCGAUCAAGCACCUCCUCGAUGAAUCCGUCACCGAGAUCGUCAAGAGUCGAGGUUACGUAGAAGAUGUGAGAUUGAGCAAUGUCAGAUUGCUGAUAGGGACUGUCAUCAUCGCGAUCGCUCUUUUGGCUCAAUUUUUUCCCAAGAAAUUCCCUGAGAACAAGGAUUUUCUUCUCGUUUGCAUCGGAUUGUAUGUGGUUUUGAAUGGAGUGUUGCAGUUCAUCAGCUAUACGAAGGAGAAGAAUGCGAUUAUGUUCACCUAUCCUCCUCCUGGAUCUUUCAGCAGUACGGGGCUGAUCGUGUCAUCUAAGUUGCCAAGGUUCUCUGAUAUGUAUACUCUUACUGUAGCAAGUGCCGAUCCAAAGUCUAUUUCUGCUAACAAACCAGUCCAAUUUACGAGGAGUGUAACAAAAUGGUUCACAAAAGAUGGGAUCCUUGUGGAAGGCCUUUUCUGGAAGGAUGUUGAGAGGCUAAUUGACGACUACAAUGGAGAUCGCAAGAGCAAGUAAUUUGUAAAAAGACUUGCGUCAUGAAGACCUGAGCUUUUACAAAGAAAAAGGAAGUUAUUUACCGUUACCAGAAUACUGAAAUUCCUGUUUUGGACCUCUGUUACAUGAGAGAACUAGUGUAGUAGGUUCAAUUUCUAUGAGAUGCUUUCAGAUUCUGCGAGUGCAAUAUGCUAAAAGUAAGAAUUAUUUGCGAACUUACAUGUCAGAGAUGCGUUGAUUUCAGAUUCAUGAGCUUCUUGAACUUUUUUGAAAAGCUACAAAAAUGUUGCCGGUCUAAGAA